CAACCUCAAAGUAUCAUUUUCAAGAUCUAUCUAUUAAUUAUCAUUGCGUCUAAAAGUGUUGAGCAUUAUCAUUUGUAUUUAUUUUCUUAUCACAUCUUCAUCUGGAAUAGGAUUGUAACUGAAGCAUGGAUUCUGAAACCUUAUCUACACUUAAUAACAACAUCAAAAAUCACUUGCCAGUCCAGUCAAAUGGCUUGAUAUCAGCUCCAGACCCUCCUCAGCAGCCAUUUGUAAUUGGUGUUGCUGGAGGUACUGCAUCCGGGAAAACAACUGUGUGUAAUAUGAUUAUUUCUCAGCUCCAUGAUCAACGCGUUGUUCUUGUCAAUCAAGAUUCAUUUUAUCACUCCCUGAGUGACUAUGCAUUGGCACAAGUUUAUGAUUAUAACUUUGAUCAUCCUGAUGCCUUCAAUACAGAACUUCUCCUUUCAUGCAUGGAGAAAUUGAAAAAUGGACGGGCAGUUGACAUACCAAAUUAUGAUUUCCAGACCCAUAAAAGAAUCGGUCCAGGAUGGAAGGUUAACCCUUCAGACAUCAUCAUUUUAGAAGGAAUUCUAGUUCUCCACGAUCCUCGGGUUCGUGAUCUAAUGAACAUGAAGAUCUUUGUUGACACAGAUUCUGACCUGCGACUUGCACGGAGAAUUCAGCGCGAUACUGUUGAAAGAGGGAGGAAUAUCCAGAACGUUCUUGACCAAUACGCUCGAUCUGUAAAGCCAAGUUUUGAAGAAUUUAUAUUGCCAUCAAAAAAAUAUGCUGACGUUAUAAUCCCUCGGGGAGGAGAUAAUGAUGUCGCGAUUGACUUGAUAAUACAACAUAUCCGUGCAAAGCUUGGCCAGCAUCAUUUGUGUAAAAUAUAUCCAAAUGUUUCAGUUAUACACUCAACAUUUCAGAUGCGGGGAAUGCACACACUCGUACGUGAUGUCAAGACAACGAAGCAUGACUUUGUCUUCUAUGCAGACCGACUAAUACGCUUGGUUGUGGAGCAUGGUCUAGGUCAUCUUCCAUUCACAGAAAAACAGAUCACAACCCCAACAGGAUCUGUAUACCCUGGAGUUGUUUUCUGCAAAAGAUUGUGUGGGGUCUCAGUCAUUAGAAGUGGGGAGAGCAUGGAAAAUGCAUUAAGAGCAUGCUGCAAGGGCAUCAAAAUCGGUAAAAUUCUCAUCCAUGGAGAGGGUAACAAUGGACGGCAGUUAAUCUAUGAGAAGCUACCCGCAGACAUCUCAAGUCGACAUGUUUUAUUGCUCGAUCCAGUUCUUGCUUCAGGAAAUUCUGCAGUCAAAGCUAUUAACCUGCUUCUCAGCAAGGGCGUCGUAGAGUCUAACAUCAUCUUCCUUAAUCUAAUAGCAGCACCCCAAGGAAUACAUGUGGUUUGCAAGAAAUUUCCAAAGCUCAAAAUUGUGACAUCGGAGAUUGAUGUAACAUUGGAUGAGGAUUUAUGUGUUAUCCCAGGGAUGGGAGAGUUUGGGGACCGUUAUUUCGGCACAAACAAUUAGGCAUUAACAGGAGGACCUUCAUCCAUCUUCUAUCUCCAUUUUUUCUUCACUCCGCUUUCCUGUUUUUGUGAUAUUCGUCAUAUUCUUGUUAGGAAAGAAACAAGAAUAUGAUGAAUACAAGAAGAUCGAUGCUAGAUUAGAGUAUCAAGAAAGAUUUUGGAUGUUAUUUCCUCAAAUGCAGUUGUUUAACAAUUGGUAUCUAGUAUACUUUUUUUAAUUACAAUCCUCAAAAAUCUGGAAGCCAGAAAAAGAGAAGAAGACUUGUAGUCUCCUAACUUCUCAGCUGGCACAAAAGUUACAUGGUUUUUAUACUGGUAACAUAGACUUUAUUGACAUUAA